AGACCUACUGUAUAUGGGUGCACAGGAAAGGCACCUCUGUAUGGGUGGGAACACAGGAGAGACAGACCAAUAUGGUUGCACAUAAUAGACAGACCUAUAUGGGUGCACAGGAGAGACAGACCUAUUUGGGUGCACAUAAUAGACAGACCUAUAUGGGUGCACAUGAGAGACAGACCUAUAUGGGUGCACAGGAGAGUCACCUCUGUAUGGGUGGGAACACAGGAGAGACAGAUGUAUAUGGGUGCACGGGAGAGAUAGCUCUGCAUGGGUGGAAACACUGGAGAGAUAGACCUAUAUGGGGCAGCUUUAUGCAGGUAAUGGUAAAUCAAUUAGAAAACCAGAGACAGCUCCUCAGAGCCCCUGAGAGGAGGAGGAGGAGGGCAGCUCCCUGCAGGUAGAGAGGACAGGUAGUAACAUGAGAUGCCUUUAGGUUGUUCGUCUCCUCCCAGAAAUGAUAAACCUACAAGACACAAACAGAGAUGAGACUUCAGCGAGUUCAGUCUGUCUGGCAGGACACUGUCUGUCUCGUGCUCUGAGCUCAGGGUCCCGUCACUCUCCACCUAUCCCAGCCGCUCUCUGGAGGACAAACCAAUUGCAAGCUCUUCAUUCAUGCGCGGAUCUUAUUCUUUCCUGGAGAGAAUGUUUUCCUGACAAUGUUGCUGGAGAUGCUGUGGCUGUUCCUGCUGGAUCUUGUCCUGUGCGUGAGGUCAGAGGUCACAGAGCUGUCCGAAUGCUUCACGGUGAAUGGGAGAGACUAUCGAGGGACAGUGAACCACGCGGGACCCGAGGGAACAUCCUGUCUGUACUGGAACCAGACCACACAGCACUUGUACAACGUUCAGUCUGAUCCUGAUGGAGAGCUGGGGCUGGGGAACCACAACUAUUGCCGAAAUCCUGAUGCGGAUGUCCAGCCUUGGUGCUACGUGUCAGAGAAUGAAGAUGGCAUUUACUGGAAGUACUGUGAUAUCCCAUCAUGCCACAUGCCCGGUUACCUUGGCUGCUUCCUAGAUUUUGGCACUCCUCCUGCACUCAGUGGGGCAAGUGGAACAUCCUCCAAACUUACUGUCCAGGCCUGCAUCAGAUACUGCCGCACUAAGGGCUACCAGUAUGCAGGUGUGGAGGCGGGAUAUGCCUGUUUCUGUGGUGAUCCAUCAGACGUAGGCACCUUGCAGCCAGCCAGCAGCUCCCAGUGUGACCAGUACUGCUUUGGAAAACCCAAUGAGAUCUGUGGAGGUGAUGGGAAGCUGAGUGUGUACAGCGCAUGGGUUGGAGCUUGCCACGAGAACCUAACUUCUUUCUCUGGUGUCCUGUACUCUCCGGACUUCCCAGAGGAAUACGGUCCCGGCAUCUCCUGUAUGUGGGAUGUACUCUCUCCAGGCAGUGCUGCUGUUGAGCUACAGUUCCACAUCUUCCAAAUUCCAGACCCCAAGGACGUUUUAGAGGUCAGAGAUGGGGCAAGUGGCACUUUGCUCCUGAAGAUUCAAGGUGGACAGAAACCUCCUAACAGUGUCACACUUCCAACUGGUCACCUCUGGUUUCACUUCCAGUCUGACCAAGAGAUUGGUGGUCCUGGCUAUGCUAUAACUUACAGAGGACUGCCAAACACGAUGACCAACUCCACCCCAACUCAAGAAACGUCUAAAGAACUCUAUUUGGUGUCCACCAACAGUACAUCAGAACAUUAUAGUACAGAGCACACAUCUUCCAGUAAAGCCUUGCUCUUCCUGGCAGCUGCUCUGCUGGCUCUACUAGCUCUCUGCGUUGGAAUUAUAAUAUGGAGGUACCCAUCUUGGAGCUUCAGUAACCCUUGCACUAUGGUUCAGCCUACAACCUGCUCCAUGCUGUACAGACACAAGAAAGACAGAAUGGGUGACCUCACCUGCGUUAAUCAGUCGUCAAUGAAAUCACUGAUAUAAAGGUGGAUUUAGGAUGAACUCAACAAGCCCCAGGAUGGCUCUGAGCCAUAAACUCAAGCACUACGCCGUGCCAUUACAUGGUAUCAUUCUCUGCUCCUUUCCCACAAGAAGGCUGACGUGAAGAUGAGAUGGGUAAAUCCACUGCAAAAUACAGAACCUGCAUGAACCAAAGACACUGCAGGUUAAGGCCACUGCAAAGCAAGGAAAGAAAUGCUCAGCAAACAUGGAUUAUUAUAAUGAUGGGACCAGGCAGAGCACAAAGCAUCAGGGGACAGGGACAUAGUAUGGACUCAAUAUCUGCAAUGCAGAGGCAAAAUAUAGAUCAAUGCACUUCAGGUCUGUACAAGGAGUAACAUUCUCUAGAGUACAGCAUUGACUAAAUGCUCUUACAACAAUACACUUCAAGUAUAUAGGUGGCACACACCAACAGUUGACUGAAAAAAAAAAUGGAGGCUGUGACCAGGGUAAAACUCUGCGGCCUACAAACUAUUUAUUUUAUUGCAAAUACCUAUGUGAUAAACAAGUGAGGGCAACAGUGUGGUGGUAUCUUAUAGAAAAAGCUCCUCGCCAAUCGCUUAUGAUGAACAUUUCAGAAAUGAGAGGGUUCGGUACGGGACCUCGGAACAGAAUGCCGAGGAGAAAUUGACAAAAAGAUAGAAACUUUGUCAGAACCAGGACUAAAAGAGGCCCCAAUGGCUAUUGAGAUGCCACCAGAAAGCAAACAUGGCGCAAUAAUAAAAUACAUGAAACAGACGUCAGGCGUUUCUUUACUUUGGUUGAACAGUGAGAUUGUAUGGUUAACGCAGGUAACAAUGUGGUGACAGAGGAGAGAUUACAGCCCACCAAAUUGAUGUUUUCCAACCAGAAGCCUUUCUGCAUUUAUUUUACAUCUCUUCAUCUGUAAGUUCCCCUGCCAUUCAGGGGUACUUUUUUCCAGUGGCAACAGAAAGCCAAUGCUGGUCAGUAUUAAAGGAGAAGAAAAGUC